CAUUGACCCUCCGUGGGCUGGAGCCGCUGGUGCCCAGCAGGGCAGGGGGCGUUGCCUGGCAACGGGAGUUGUGAUGAAGAGGAGCACGGGCAGCGCAGGCUCCAGUUCUGCAGGGGAUGAGGAAGGAGCAAGGAGCUGCUGCUGCUCAUCCUUUUCAUUGUUGCUUUUGCCCAUCGCUGCUGCCAUCCCUUUGGUUCAUCCCUUUCAUCAUCCCUUUUGCUCAUCCUGACAGACCCAGCUGUGCAGGAAGGCUUGUGACCAACCAUGGAUGAAGAGACAAGCAAUAUCCCUGCAGACACGGCAACAUCCCUGGAGGCACUCAGCCUCUCCCAGCUGCUGGAUCUUGCCAUUGGGGCACCUGAGCGUGGCACUGUGCAUUUUGCAGCCAUGCGAAAACUGCUGGAGGCUGUGGUGGUGCACCUGGACUCGCACUACCUGACCACCCAGGAGCCGUGGACAGGCCAGCUGAGUGGCCCCUCACUCGCUGAUGUAGCUGCUCAAAUCACAGAAAUUAAGAAGGAGAUAGAAGUCUACGGGUCCGAGGGCAUGGCAGGAGGCCCUGAAGCCAGAGCAAAGGCCACAAAGACAUCCCGCGAGGAUCAGGGCAAGGAUUCUCUCUACAUGGAUUUACGUGAGGAGAUUGACAGGAUAAAGACAAUUCAGUCACAGACGACACAGAAGGUUAAGGAGUUGGCUGACUUGAUAAAGAAGCUGGAGGAGGACAUUAAAAAGCUGAGGGCAGAUACAACCAAGUGGAAAGAAGAGAGCAGAAUGGAGAUCUCUGAGCAACUUGAGGCUAUGCAGCAGGAGAUGAUGCAGCAGCUGCAGAAGAUGGAAGAGCAGCAGGAGAUGAGGAGUUCCAUGCUGGAGCAGCUGGUGGCUGAGACAGCCAACCAGCUGAACGAGCAGCUGGCUGAGAUAGGGGAGAUAGCGUGUACAGUGCAGGCAGAGCAGGAGAAGAUAAAGGCAGAGUGCUCCAGCUGCACCUUCGACAUCAAUGUGCAGCUGGGGGAGCUCCUGCAGCGCUGUGAGAAACUCCAGGAGCAGGUGGACUUCCUGGAGGCACGGCUGAUGGCCAUGGGCAAGUUCGAGAGGAUGAGCCAUUGGGGCCAGAAGGACCAGGAACAGCAGCACAACCUGGAGGCCACAGUUGCACAGAUGCAAGCGGACUAUGAGAAGAUCAGUCUUGCUUCUGACACCCUCCAGAAGGACUCUCAAGAAAAGCAGAAAGCAAUAGAGAUGCUGUUCCAGUCUCUGGAGAAGCUGCAGAAGGAGAAAGCAGAUGAGCAGGACAUGUUGGCAGCAAUAGACCUGAAGGCAGACAAAGCUGCCUUGGGCAGCAAAGUCAAUUGCAGCCAGUUUGAAGCAUACCUGGAGAGGCUGGAUGAGAGGAUGCAGGGUUUGCAGAGCCAAAUUUCAGGCCAGAAGCAGGACUGGAAUGAGGUGCAGCAGAAGCUCGACUUUGUGGAGGAAGAGAAGCUGGAUCGGCUGGAGCUGAAGGCUUUCAGUAACCAGAUGGUGGAGACCUGGAGGAGAAACCUUGAGGAACUUGAGAAUAGGUUGACACGAGACAAAGGCGCUGGGAUUAGGAAGCAGCUGCCAGUGCCCUUCUCAUGCCUGUCCUGUGACCGCAUGUUCUCCAUGCAGGUUCCUGGCCCGUACUCCGAGACACUCCCAUAUUUGCAGCCGCUGCCUCCCAGCAAGGUGACCCAGCACAGCCAAAGGAGUCCAGUGGUCCAUGGCAGUUUCCUCCAUGUGCCUCAGAGCUAUGGGGACUAUCAGAGCAGCAGCUCCAUGAUGCAGCACCUCAUCGCUUCAGCACAGAGAAGUGCACAUGGGCUGUGUCUCCCAGUACUCCAGGACGAGUCCAGAGAGACCCAGCUGCUGGACAGUAGUGGACAAACCCCGAGGGGCCAGGAUGACCAGCUUCCUGUGGUGACCAGGGCACAGGAUAAGUCAGGCCCUGCCGCCUCUCUGGAUCGCCGGCCGGGCACAGCCCCCAGACACAUCUCCUGGGCACCUGGGCUGGCCCCGCCGCUGCAGCCCCGCCGGGCAUCAACAGCCCCCCCACUGCUGUACCGGACUCAUAACCCAGUGCUCGACCUGGCACUUCAUGUCAAAAGCCAGAAAAGCCCGCAAUGACGGCCAUUAGAAACAUGACUCUUUAGUUGUCUUAAGUUAAUAAAAACCGUUAAAAUUACAGGCAG